AUGGCGCCCGUGGGUUCAGGGAACACACAAAACUCGCCGAAAAAAAAAUAAAUUCAAACGGUCUAAAAUUAGCGGGGAACCAUUUCUGGUAAGUACACAAAUAUACGUCGACACACAAAAUAUAUUUUCUGACUACAGUACUCCAAUAUAAAAUAUAUUUGCAUUAUCCUUUGCUGUGUUUUUGGUCCAAACAAUGGAUAUGGAACAAUGCACAAUUAAGGUGUAAUUUGUUGAAGUUGGCAAACAAGAACCAACAUUUGCAUUCGGAUGCAUCGAAGUUUAUCGUCGGAAAAUAUAACAAAGACCCAAAAGAAGUAUCAAAAAUAUUCGAAGAUAUUGUAAGAAACAUUCGUCCAAAAACAAAAAACUACAGAUUCGAUUGGAAACCAUACAUAUCCGUGAGUGAAAACUUCAACAAAAAAAAACAACAACAACAGCAAAGUUUUUUUUUAUAGAAACUACAAAAGAUCCAAGAAUUACCACUCUUAGCAGUUCUCCGAAAACAAAAAAUGACAAUUGAGAACAGGAAUACCUUCAUCCUCUAUCGCCAACAAAUCCAAGAUGAUUUGGAAGAGAUGUGGAUUGAGUGAGUUUUUUUCAACACUAUUUUUACAUAAAGGUUUUUUUGCAGAGAGCUGAACAAAACGUAUUUGUACAAUUUUGAUUGUGCGAAACUCGAGAAACAUAGGGAAGACUUUGUUGAGGAAUACAGAAGAACCCACGUUUGA